UUUAUAUAAACGAUGUUAUAUUCGUAUUUCGUAUUUACCCAAAAAUUAUGUCAAUGGAAAAAAUAACCGGGACUGAGAAUUAUUGCAAAGAAAAAAAUACUGUGUCAAAAAAAAAAAAUACAGAGAAGCGAGCAGUCACAUAAUUUAAAUGAAUGAACUGAAAGAACUGAAAAUCGACAAUAUGAUGAGUGACGAAGAAGUAGAGGUGAUUGAGUCGACGGACAACAAGAAGCUUGAAUUGGACAAUUUCAAUGAUAAUGGAAAGCGUGCGUUGAUCAUUAUGCCUGAAGAUGCACAGAUUUCUGAAAUAGUUCAAAUGGCCGAUAUAAUGCGAAGGGCUGGGAUCAGUGUUGUAAUCGCAAGUCUGGAUGAUUCAGACUGCAUACGGGGCAAUAGUAACAUAUUCUGUUAUGCAGACGCAGCGCUUUCUGAUGCCUUGAGAGGACCAUCUCUCGACGUGGUUGUUCUGCCUGGCGGUUUGUUAGGAGCUAAAUCGCUUGGAGAGUCGGAAUUGGUUGGUAAACUGCUGAAAGAAUUCGAGGACAGCCACAAGUGGAUAGUUGCAAUAGGAGAUGCUGUGCCGGUGCUGCGUAAGCAUUAUAUAGGUGCUGGAAGAACUUUUACGUGUCAUCCGCUGAUAAAAUACAAAAUUGAAGGAUCCGAAUACAUGAAGUACAAAUAUAUCGACGAUAACGUACACGUGGAUGGUAAGAUAAUUACCUGCAGAGGUGGUCCGAACACGAUUCAGUGCGCUCUGAAUCUCGUUCAUUUAGUCUGCGGUCGUUACAUCGCUGAAAAUGUUGCGGAAAAAUUGUCUAUCAAAUAUGACGACGGAUACUGCAGAGAGUGUUGUGGAAAUUGUAAAUACUGCUGUCGUGAAGACAAGAAGGAAAUUGAUCCUAAUAUUGCGGAACGAUUUUCGUGCUCGACUUGCUGCGGGGUGAGUUAUUCAGAAAUUGUCGAAUGGGAGGAAUGCAGAGUUCUGUCCAGUAUGUUGGAAAAAGAAUACAUGAUAAAAUAUAAAAUUCAACGACAAGAACUUAAGGAUAGGGAAGAAGACAGGAGCAUAGAGGAGAAAGAAUUACAACAACAAAUCAAAGAAGAUGAAGAAGAAUUAAAAAAACGUAGAGAAAAGUGGACGAAUAUGCCGUGCAUGACUCAGGUCUUUGAUUUUUCACAUCAGUCUAUGGUUCAAGCUAAAAUGCUGGUGCUUACUUUUUUUUCUCACAUCUAAAUAUCGCAGGAAGAAUAUGACAGGUACAUGCGAGAGUAUGCGGAGAGAGAAGAAUCGCGCUACAAUGACAGAAUGCAGAAAAUAUACGAUAGACUACAUAUGAGACUCAAGAAAUCGAGAAGGCACCAGGACAUGAUUGAUUCUAUGAGGAACAUGGAACCGAACGAAAUGGAUGCUGCACUCGCUCAGAUAACUUAGUAGAGUUAGCAAUUUGUAGGAGGAACAGAGAACAAAGAAUUUUAUACUUUAAG